GGGGGGCGCUUUUCGUACCUUCGAAAAGAUGUCUGAAAAUGAGCGGAGGGUAGCCCGUCGAGUGCGUAUCAGGACAGUACAAUCGUCAAAAUUUGGCUUCGAAUAUCUCGUUAAAUGCGUAACUUUUUGCACCAUUGUCUUCUGGAAUAUAUCAAGCAGAGUCUGGACUAUCAUACUGUGAAUUUUCAUGACGCGCUUUGGACGAAUUCAUGGUUUAAAUUAAGCAAGGCAUUGUUCGUGCGUCUUUGUUCGGACAGAUAUUUUCGAAAAGCCUUGCUAUGUGCUGUAUGUAUGAGAGCACAAGUGAUUUGAGCUAAGCUGUGUGUUCAACGGGACAUAACCGUGUCUUCUCCGCUCCCCGCCUACAACACUGCAUAUAGCAUGGAGCGUGCGUACAACUGGCUCAGCUCAGCAGCCGAUUGCAGCUAGAACAGGUCUGGUGAAAGGCAAUAGACAUGUGAUUCAUGUGUUUCUUCUGUGCAAUAGCUUCAACUCAUUCAAUUUACCCUAAGCUGACAUGCCAAAGUGAGCUUUCAUGAGACCUUUACUGAUAAAACCUAGGACAAUGCCCGCUCUAAAUUUUGAUGUGAAGACGUUCUGUCACAAUCUUCGGGCAACCAAGCCUCCUUAUGAGUGCCCAGUUAAUGAUUGUGGCAAAGUCUACAAAUCUCUAAAUGGAAUAGAAUUUCACCUGUUUCACUAUGACCAUGACAAUCCUAAUGGUAAUGGCUAUGCAACACCUGUCAAGAAAGGUGGCUGGAGAAAAUCAAGAGUGAAUAACCGGCCAAAUCAGCGUGCUCCAUCACCCCAGUUGAUUCGUUCUCCGGCCAGAGAGGGCCUCACCUAUGCCCAGGCCCAACGCCUUGUGGAGGUCGACCUGGAUGGACAGACAAUGAGGCUUAAUAUUUAUGAAAACAUUGAUGUAAUGACAGAAGACGAGUUUGAGAGUGAGACGAGUGAAGAGGAAAAGAUUGAGAAGGCCCCAGUAAAUAAAGGAACUAAAGCUGUGGACCAAGGACAGAAGCCUCAGAAAGAGAAGCCAGCCGUUGGUGCUUCACUCAAGUUACCUGAGGCUUCUUUCACAGUUUUGACUGAUUAUGAGGAGCCCCCUGAUAUUCCUAACAGACCAAAUUCUUACUUCAGGUACAUUGAAAAGACAGCUGAGGAGCUGGAUGAUGAUGUUGAGUAUGACAUGGAUGAAGAAGACUAUGUAUGGCUAGAUGUAAUCAAUAAAAAGAGAGAAAGUGCAAACAUGAAUCCAGUUCCACAAGAGAUAUUUGAGUUGUUGAUGGACAGACUGGAGAAAGAGUCACAUUUUCAGAGUCAAUCUUCUGGGAAACCAGACAAUCAUCAGUUCAUUGACGAAGAUGCAGUUUGUUGCAUAUGCAAUGAUGGAGAAUGCCAAAACAGUAAUGUUAUAUUAUUCUGUGAUAUGUGUAAUCUAGCCGUGCACCAAGAAUGCUAUGGGGUGCCGUACAUUCCAGAGGGGCAAUGGUUGUGCCGUCGCUGCCUCCAAUCGCCCUCCAGAGCAGUUGACUGUGCCCUUUGUCCAAAUAAAGGUGGGGCCUUUAAGCAAACUGAUGAUGGGAGGUGGGCCCAUGUCGUGUGUGCUUUGUGGAUCCCAGAAGUAGGUUUUGCCAACACAGUAUUCCUUGAGCCUAUAGACAGUAUAGCCCAUAUUCCUCCAGCCAGAUGGAAACUGACAUGUUAUAUCUGCAAGCAGCGAGGUGUGGGGGCUUGCAUUCAGUGUCACAAAACAAACUGCUACACAGCUUUCCAUGUCACAUGUGCCCAACAGGCUACCCUUUUCAUGAAAAUGGAACCAAUUCGAGAAACGGGUAUCAAUGGGACGUCCAUUAGCAUCCGAAAGACUGCAUUCUGUGACAUUCAUACUCCAGCUGAAGCAGAGAAGAAACCCCUUAUGAAGAAUGACAAGGUGAUCGAGAUGGAUGCUGCUGAGAAGGGCUGGUCAGCAAAGAAGGCCAAGGCAAUAUCCAGGAAAAACAUGAGGAAAGCUCGUAAGAUUCUAGCCGAAAAGAGAGCAGCCGUGCCAGUGGUAUCCAUUCCAUGCAUUCCACAACAAAGGAUAUCCAAGAUACUAAAAAAGGUAUCUCUGCAGAAGAAACAGCACUUCAUGCAAAGACUUGUCAGCUAUUGGACACUCAAACGACAGUCUCGGCAUGGGGUGCCUCUACUGAGGCGAUUGCAAGCGCACCACCAAUCACAGCGCAACAAGGAUUCGGUUAGUCGUGAGAGCCAGAAGGCUAACAGACUCAAAGAGCAGCUGAAGUACUGGCAGAGGUUACGGCAUGACUUGGAACGUGCAAGGCUACUGGUGGAACUCAUACGCAAGAGAGAAAAGUUGAAGAGAGAGCAGCUCAAACUGAGCCAGAAGGCAACUGAUAUGCAGCUACAGCCAUUCAACAUCUUGCUCCAGAGAACACUAGCCAAACUAGAGGAAAAGGACCCCUUGAACAUCUUUUCAGAACCUGUGUCUGUUGAGGAGGCUCCUGACUAUUAUGAAGUCAUCAAGAAACCUAUGGACUUCUCUACCAUGAGUAAUAAAGUGGAGGGUCACAAGUACAAGGGGCUGGACCAGAUGGAAGAGGACUUCAACCAAAUGAUAGAGAAUUGUAUGAACUACAAUAGUAAGGACACCAAGUACUACAGGGCAGCUGUCAAGAUCAGAGAUCUGGGAGGUGCUAUUCUUAGACAUGCAAAGAGGCAAUCAGAGAAGGCAGGCUAUGAUCCUGAGACAGGACUACAUCUAGAGAAAGCUCCUAACUAUGAAGAAACACAAAUCAAACUAGGAGACAUUGACUCAGUACUUCAAGCAGAGAAUAGAGCAGAUAUGACGUUGGAGGACCAAUUACAUGAACUCCUUGAGAAGCUGGAUGCGACUUGUGGCAUCAAGCAUAGUGCUGCACGCUCCAAACGUUCAAAGCAGCUGAAGCGGGAGAUAAACGUUAUUCGACGGCGACUGGCCAUUCAGAAAGGCAAAGACAAACAACAGAAUGGUGGAGAUGCCAGUUCUCACAAUGUUGAAUUGACUACUGAGGAUUCUUCAUCAAGUGAAUCAAGUGAAAUCACAUCCCAGAGUGACUCAGCCCCACCAAAGCUUUCACCAGCUAGGCCUCUGCCUAUAACAAGUCGAAGCAGGUCAUCUCCAUCCAGACCCUCUCCAGGAAAAGCCAUGGGCUCUCCAGGUAGAGGGCGAGGAAGAGGGAGGGGACGUGGCCGAUCUGUACGAACUAUGUCUGAUCCUCAGCCUGGUGCUUCUGUGGAUUCCAUUCCCACCCUUUCAGCAAAUGAUACCGCAGAAACCCCAAAGACAAAGAGUCCAACACAGGCAGAUAAGACUGCAUCUCCUUCUGGCGUUGGUAGGAGAACAUCAGUACUGUUCAGUAGUAAAGGAGGAAAGCAGGGCAAUCCGAGCCCCAGGAAACCUGGCAGACCUCCAAAGAGGUCAUUAUCAGUAGAUCAAUCAAGUUCACCCAAUAAACCUGCACAUCGGGUCAGCCAGAGUGGAAGCCUUCAUGUAGAAACUGAAUACGAAGGCAACGUCCCAGCCCCCAACAAUGACUCUGGUGCAAGCCCUCCUGCUAAGCGAGCUCGUAGUGUGAGCAUGAGCACAAUUGGACAGCGUAGCCCAAGUAGGAGGAUGACAUCCCCAUCAAAGGACCUUCCAAAUGGUUUUGAGAGUGGAACCCCGAACAAUGAAAGCUUUUCUAAAUACCGUUCAGGCCAUGUACGACCAAGGACCAGUUCCGAAUCAGACAGCAGCAGUUCAUCUACAAGCACUUCCAAUGAAUCCAUAUCGGAGAUGAGCUCAUCCAUGGGGGAGAACGGAGGACCAGGUGGGCGUAGCCUGCUUCAGGCUAACAGGAAUCCAUUCACUGAUGACAGCAGUGGAGACACUUCUUGUGGAGAGAGUACCAGUACUACCAGCAGACCCAUUCCUACAGGUGCGACUGGGCCUGUGCUCAGGGACAGGAGAGGCAAGCUAAGGAGCCACCACUGGGGUUCUGAUGAAGAGGAGAUCCCACUCAAUCCAUUGGACAUGGUCUGGGCCAAGUGCAGAGGCUAUCCAUCCUAUCCUGCUUUGAUUAUCGACCCCAAGAUGCCACGGUCUGGAACGUUCCACAACGGCGUGCCCAUCCCAGUGCCCACCACGGAGGUGCUCAACCAACGUCUCAACUCGGAUGACAUGCUCUAUCUCGUUCUUUUCUUUGACAACAAACGCACAUGGCAAUGGCUUCCAAGGACCAAACUGGAACCCCUCGGUGUUGACUCUGGCUUGGACAAUGUCAAGCUCAUGGAGGGACGCAAGUCAACUGUCCGCAAGAACGUGCAAAUUGCAUACGAUCGUGCUCUCCAUCACCGACGCAGAGUGACAGGCGAGGGCACUGAACCAUUUACAAGCGAUACAAGCGAGGCCCAUGAUACUGCAUGAGGCUCGAUGUGUUUGUCUUUCUCGUUUUCAUUUUUUCACUCAUUUUCUCUUCAUCUAUUGUGUUCUGUUUGCACUACUUUAUUGUCUGUGUAUUUCUCAUACAUUAUCUCUCCAACUCCUGACCUCACUCAUACAUUUCUUAAUUUUUCCUCAUUUUCCAUCAUUUUCUCUUGUGCACUUCUGUUUAAUGCAUUUUUAAUGUGUGGUGAUAAAAUACAACUGGAAUCAAUUUGGUUGGUGUAUUAUAUAGAGACUCUAAGAGGAAGAAAUUAUAUUAAGUUUUAACAGUACAUGAAUGUAGCACUACUUCAACAUGUUCAUCAUUUUCUUUUCCAUAAUCAUUCUUUGAACCAUUUUUUGUCAAUUAAAGAUUAUCAAUAACUUUAGGGACUUACUCAAUCUAACAGGAUGACACUUAUCAGAUAAGUGCAUGUAUCACUCUUCACUUAAGAAAUAUAACAAUGUUUUAACUUAUCUUAUGUAUACAAUUUGUAUUUGAGGAGCCAAGAUUGGAAUAAGGAUUUUAAUAUUCUUUGUGAUUGAUGGUGCAAACCUAUGUCAAAUGCUAUCAAGGACAGAGAAUUCAGAUUUUACAUUACUCUUAUUAUGACAUCAUUCAAUUUUGCCCCCGAGGCAUCUAAAUUUUGUCUUGUUAGGGGACUGGUCAACUAAGCUCAGCAUCUUUUUUGUGUACAUGGCAUCAAAUUAUAUGUUGGUGAAGCAAGGAAUUUGCUCUGUAAUACAAUAACCUUUGGACCGUUCAAAUAAAAAAAAAGAGAAAUAAGCACAAAAUAAUUUUCUGGAGUUGGACAGAAUACUCAAGAUAUAUCAUAGCAUGACAGGGCAUUGAAUGUGAUGUCUUAAUCAAAUAAUUAAAACUUUGAUUCGAGAGUUGAUAAUAUGACGUACAAAAAUAACUUUAGUGUUUUGUCUCGUAUUUGAACGCAAGAAAUGUGGUUAAGCUUUUAGGGUCUCGUGUGAAGAUUGCUGCUAAAUAUCGUAAACUGUGACAAUGUAUACAAAUCGAGCCUUUGUAACAUGAACGACCUCCUCUAGGAAAUUCCUGAAACACAGAUUAAAGGUCAAGUCCACCCCAGAAAGAUGUUGAUUUGAAUAAAUAGAGAAAUAUCAAACUAGCAUAAUGCUGAAAAUUUCUUCAAAAUCGGAUGUAAAAUAAGAAGUUAUGACAUUUUAAAGUUUCGCUUAUUUUUCAUAAAACAGUUAUAUACACAAAUCGGUGACAUGCAAAUGUGACAGUUGAUGAUGCCCCUUACUAUUUAUUUUGUUUUUUAUUAUUUGAAUUAAAUAAUAUUUCUAUUUUUACAGAUUUGACAAUAAGGAUAAAACUGACUGAACCAUAUGGUAUUAACACGAUGCUAAUUCCACUUGUUCAGGGAGGAAAUAAUCUUUGUUUCACUUGACAAUGAGGAGAAAAUAAGAAUAUUUCAUAUAAUGAAAUACAAAAGAAAUAGUGAGUGGAUGACAUCAUUCUCCUCAUUUGCAUACCGACCAGGUUGUGCAUUAAACUUUUUUGUGAAAUUGAGCGUUACUUUAAAAUGUCAUAACUUUUUUUAUUUUACAUCUGAUUUUGAUGAAAUUUUCAAAGUUAUUCUUGUUGGGUUUUCUCUUUUUAUUCAAAUCAACUUUUUGUUGGGGUGGACUAGUCCUUUAAAGUAAUGAACUUGGGAGAUAAUCUCAGUCACACAUUUUCUGUACCUGAAGUACAUUUUGUGAUUUUUUUUAAAAUCGACCCUUCGGAAAAGAAAAUCUGCAAACAGGCCGAUUUAAUGAUCGGUUGAUUAUAUUAUAUUGUCUGCUUUGUCAUAGGGUGUGUAGACCAGUUAAUUGAGCAAUGAAAUUUAUGGUACUUAAAAUAAAGUGUUAUAGCAGUAAGGGAUUAAGCUAUAAUUCUUAAUGUACACUUGCAGUGUUCAGGGUAUAUUCGAGCAUUUCUUUUUCUAAAAUAAUACAUUAGCCCCCUGCUUCAGUAUGUCAGUUGCUUGUGAAUAUGUUUUUAUUUCUUCUAUAAUUUACAUACAAUUCCAUUCUUUUAUCUUUAUCUCACAAAUCAUUUUCUCUUCUUUUUCUCUAUUUAGAAAAGAUUCCUCAUUCCAUGUUAUUAUUAUUUUUUUUUGUUAAUACAUGUCAUAUUGUGCAGCAAGUUAGCUUUCAAUACAGAGUCUGUAAUUUUUAAUUAAAAAUAAUUGAAUUUGAUAAUAUCCUGAAGGUAUCCAUAUAGAUGUUGAUGAUUAUUAUUAUUUGUUUGGUGUCACCUGUGCCUGGGAGGCGAAAAGCGAACUGAAUCACUAUGACCCACAUGUCUCUCUUCCCGAUAUAACUGAUUGGGUGGAGUGCAGGUUGACCACUACACCGGGUUUCCCCCUACUCUUAUACGAAUAGUGCAGUGGGUUCUUAACGUGCAAAGGUGAUGACUCUCCUCUACACGGGACCUCCAUUUAACGUCCUAUCCGAGGGACGGAGUGUUUUCCACUGUAACAACCUGCAUCUAUGGAACAGUCUCCAGUCAUCCGACGGGGUUGGACUCGAACACAUGACCUUUGGUUCGACAGGCAGACGCUUUGUUAUAAAACAAAGCUCUUUUUAAACUUAAAUUUUGUUAGGUCUUUGUCCUUAAUUGGUACACCUUUUUUCGGUAGGCUAUCACUCAUUGAAUUAAAUUGAAAAAAUCCUGGAUUGAAAAUGAGCUAAUUGUGUUAUCAAUUUGGUUUUAAAAAAUUUAUUUCACAAAUAGAAGGGAUAUGCAUUACAUUUUUGCCAGUCCUGAUUACCGGUAUCUGUCAUAUUAGGGAUUGUUGAAAGAAUAUAUACUUACGAGAAUUUCUAUUUGAAAUGAAAUUUCUUGGAUUUGCCUGUAAAUAUGAUUGAAAACUAUGGCAGUUAAUGUGAACUAGAGGAGUAUUGAUGAGUAAAAGGUAAAUGAAAUAUUUUAAAUUAUAUACUCUGAUUAUUCUGAGGAGAGAAUUAAAUUUGUCUAGGCUAUAUAUUCUUGGUUAUUAUUGAUUUGGAAUAGAUUUUAAUAUGAAUGUAUAUAGUGUAAAGUAGCAAUCAAUUGUAAAUUUACAUGUUCAUAUCUUCUAGUUUGGUAGGGCUAAUUGAUAUGGAGGACUAUUUAUAUGUAGAUCUCUGUUGCCUUAAUACAAAGAAAGUACAUUGUUUUAUUUGUCCAGUUGCAUGCCGAAAGAGUUGAUUUUUUUCUUUUCUUUUCUUAAAGACUUGGAAAUGUUGUAUUGUAACUGUUUGUUUCCAAUCAAUAAAUUGUUAGUAAAAAUGCAAA